AUGUAAAACUGAGCAGCCCAUCUGUGGCUCUUGAACCCUGGAAAUGGAGCCUAGCUUGGGACAGGGAUGGGAAGGAUUUUGACUUGUCCUUUUGGCAUCUCCCCAGCCUGCGGAGCCCAAGCCUCUUGGAGCAUCUUUGGGGUUGACACAGCAGAGGUUCCAGGCACACACAGCCACUCCAGCCAGGAGGCUGCCAUGUCCCACAUUCCUGAGGAUGAGGAGCCCCCUGGAGAGCCACAGGCAGCCCAGACCCAAGACUCUCCCUCUGCAGGACCACUUCGCAACCCUCCCACAAUCAUCCUGACGGGGGAUGCCUAUUCACCUGAAGGAGAAGCUGACAGAAACCUCAUCAACAGAACUCCUAGCCCCAAUCGAAGACUUUCCCACAGACAACUGAAGGCCUCCACAGCUUCACUGACUUCUGUGGACCCCACGGGACAUAUCAUUGACCUGGUAAAUGACAAGCUGCCAGACAUCAACAUCUCAGAGGAGGACAAGAAGAAAAACCUGGCUCUUCUGGAAGAAGCCAAGUCGGUGAGUGAGCGAUUCCUGACCCGCCGCGGGAGGAAAUCCAGGAGCAGCCCCGGAGACUCCCCGUCAGCUGUUUCCCCAAACCUCAGCCCUGGAGCUUCUCCUGCACCCUCCCGGAGCUGCUCGCUCACUAUCUCUACACCACCAGGUUUGGACACAUGCAGUGGCCCACAGUCCCCUUUGCCGGGAGGACCACCACAGCAAAAGGGGCAUGAGGCUGCCAUCUCCUCACCUCACCUCGGAGAGCCUAAUGUCUCCAAAGGGCUAGCAGACCAGAAGCAGAAUGACCAAAGGAAAGUGUCUCAAGGCAGACUGGCUCCUCGCUCUCCCACUAAGGAGAAACCCAAAGAACUUACAGUAGAACAAAAGGAGAACUUUGAUCCCCUUCAGCAUCAGGAGGCUGCACCCAUGGCUCAGGCUUCUGGAGCAAGCAUCAGUGGGAAAAUGGCCCUGAACAGCCCCCAGCCUGGCCCUGCUGAGAUGGAGCUUGGGAGGCAGCUCCUGAAGACAGGCAGGGAAGGCAGCCCUCUGCCCAGAGGCACAGCCCAAGGCUCAGGAGGAACUGGCUUUCCAUAUCCCCAGGGACAAGGCUCUGCUGGAGAGCCUGUGGGGCCCAAGGCUGGUUCCAAAGCUGAGCUGAGGCCCCCUGUGUCCCGGCCUCCCUUGAUACGGGGAGUCUCCUGGGACAGCAGCCCCGAAGAACCUGGUCCCCUGCUACAGAAGGUACUUGCCAAGUUGCCUCUGUCAGAGGAAGAGAAGCGGUUCCCAGGCAAAGGCAAACCAGUCAAGCCACCUGGGCUCAAAGACUUCCAGAUACAAGUACAACCAGUGCGCAUGCAGAAACUGACCAAGCUCCGGGAGGAACACAUCAUGAUGAGAAACCAGAACCUGGUGGGGUUCAAGCUUCCCGAACUGAGUGAAGCUGCAGAACAGGAUAAAGGGGUUUCUUCUGAACUCGCCCCAGCAACUGAGGAAGAAGAGUCAAAGGGCAGUCUGGAUGUGAUGCCCAACAUCUCUGACAUAUUGCUGCGCAAACUAAGAGUUCACAAGUCACUCACCGGAAGUGCCCCUCCACUCACUGAAAAGGAAGUUGAGAACGUGUUCAUACAACUGUCCUUGGCCUUCAGAAAUGACAGCUACACCUUGGAGUCUAGAAUCAACCAGGCUGAGAGGGAACGCAACCUGACAGAAGAGAACACUGAGAAGGAACUGGAAAACUUCAAAGCUUCCAUUACGUCCUCAGCAUCCAUCUGGUACAACUGUGAGCACCGAGAGACCUAUCAGAAGCUUCUGGAAGACAUCGCAGUCUUGCAUCGUCUGGCGGCCCGCCUCUCCAGCCGGGCUGAAGUGGUGGGGGCUGUGCGCCAGGAAAAGCGUAUGUCAAAGGCAACGGAAGUGAUGAUGCAGUAUGUAGAGAAUCUGAAGAGAACGUACGAGAAGGACCAUGCGGAGCUCAUGGAAUUCAAGAAACUCGCAAAUCAGAAUUCAAGCCGUAGCUGUGGUCCCUCUGAGGAUGGGGUCCCCCGCACGGCGCGAUCUAUGUCCCUCACGAUGGGCAAGAACAUGCCCCGCCGGAGGGUCAGUGUUGCUGUGGUUCCCAAGUUUAAUGCCCUGAACCUUCCUGGCCAAGCCUCCAGCUCAUCACCCAUCCCCUCCCUACCAGCUCUGUCUGAAUCGCCCAAUGGAAAAGGCAACACAUCUGUCCCCCCAGUGCUGCCUGCACUUUUGGAAAAUGGAAAGACAAAUGCAGAGGCUGACUGUGAAGCUUGUGCCCCCGUGCCACUCCCAAGCUGCCUGGAGGACACGAGCCAGGAGACCAAGGCCAGGGCAGAGGAAGAAGCCUACAACAAAGGAUACCAGGAAGUGGUAAAGAAGACCGAAGAACUUCAAGACCUGAAGGAGGAGGAGGAAGAACAGAAGACAGAGAGUCCUGAGGAGCCAGUGGAGUUAGAAGAGACUGAGGAGGAAGCGAAGCCUCAGAGAAGCAGCAAACUUGAAGAACUGGUCCACUUCCUACAAGUCAUGUAUCCCAAACUGUGUCAACACUGGCAAGUGAUCUGGAUGAUGGCUGCAGUAAUGCUGGUCUUGAGUGUUGUGCUUGGGCUCUACAGCUCCUAUAAUGCCUGUACAGAGCAGCCUGAUGGGCCCCCUGGGAGGUCCACCUGCUCAGCAGCCCAGCGGGACUCCUGGUGGAGCUCAGGACUCCAGCAAGAGCAGCCAGCAGAGCAGUAGGGCACCGGACUCGUUAGCUAUGCCCUGCUCUAGUACAUUCACAACACCCUGCCCCCAAGUUGAGUGUGCCAGGCCCAUGUGUGCACAUGUGGUCACCCAUCCCAUCGGGGUACAAGGAGGCUUUGUCUUCACCCCCAGCGCCUCCAUGGAAGCUACUCAUACACAGUAACCUGAUACUUUGAGGAGAUCAGCAAAUCUGGCUCAGGAAAGUGUCUAGUGGACAAAGAAGUGACUUUCACCAAGGACCCUGGCCCACGGGAAGAGUUCUGCCCCUGGCUCAGGUGGAUUGGGAAAACCAAACCCCCUUCAUUCAGGGGGCAGUGAGAAGCCUGUUCUCCACGCCCCCUUUCCUCCCUAUGUUUCAUAAUCAGGAAGAAUUGUACUUAAUGGCCAGUACUGACCAUAAGGAUCAGACCUGGGACUUGGAGUCACAGCGUGGAUGUCUUCCCACUUCCUAUGACCAAUCUUUAGCCUUCUCUCUCCCCUUCAGAAUCACCAUUUCUUGCUGGAGUGGGAAAGCUUGCUCACAAAAGUACACAGGCUAAAAGUAGCCCCAUGCUCGAAGGGAAACAGGAAGACGUGAGUUAAUAUAUAACUUAUCUUUAUACAUAUGGACAGAACACACAACAUGUUUGUGCACAGACACCCACUCUCUGGAAGCGUGCUCUGCUCAUUGGUAUCCAUGUUGUGUCAACCAAUUGGUUUUCACUAGGUAUGGAAUAGUAGUCACUAGCAUCAGUACAGGGAGCCCUCCACACCUCUGAAGAUGUUUGAAUACCCUAAGAAAUCAUGUCUUCAUUGCACUUCAGAUGCCAGUUUGGAGCUGCACAGUUUGUUCCCUGCUUAUGUGCUGCAUUUGAAAGUGAUCCUACACAGUUAACCCACCCCUUGGGUAAGAAAAGGUGUGCCUUCCACUCCAGACUCUCACUCUGCCUUGCGCCUCAGGGCUGCCAUUCUCAUGUAAUUCCUGCCCAAAUGUGUCCUUCCCAGGACCUGUUCGGCAUCAAACCGAAGGAGCUCAUCCUGCCUGCAGUAUGGCAUCUCUCACACUGUUCAGCUGUUAUCUUCAUCCAGCUCUCAUCAGUUGGAGAUGGGUCGUCUGUUGUGGGGUGCUUUUCUGUUUCAUUGUUUUUGUUGCUAACACUCAAGUAGAACUUAAUGUGAGCCAGAAGUGUCUCAGUGUUAUAUUGGUAGUAAUUCAUUUAGUCCUCAAGAAAAACAAAAUCUGAAAUUGUAUUUCUCUCUCUAUGUCAAAUAAGGAAACAGAAGCAUAAAUGAUGCAAAAGUAUGCACAUACAGAGCAAUCUCACACACACACACACACACACAGAGAGAGAGAGAGAGAGAGAGAGAGAGAGAGAGAGAGAGAGAGAGAACUUGUCAAGCAUGUAUAGCUAGUAAGUAAAUCAUUCAUACUAGAGUGGUCUGGCUCCAGGGACUGUACUACUUACUGACUCUUCUCUGGUCUCCCAGCUGAGUGCCUUCCAGGCCCUUCAGCUGAUCCAAACCAGCCAUGGUUCUCAAAUGAAAUCACUCCUCCCACUGUACUUCAAUCCAUAAGCAUCUCUCUCCUGCCAUUGUCCUCUUCUCACCACUCUUGAAGACCAAGCACAAACGCUACCCUUCUCUACAGGCCUCAGUGACCUUCUUCCCAUUCUUACCGCAUCAUGGGUGGUGCCCCACUUAGUGCUUCCUGCACUUGUUAAAUUUCAAUCAUUGACCUGUACCUACUGUCUAACCCAUUUAUGCAUCUGUCUGCCUGUUCAUUUUCCUUAAAUACUAUGUCUUACCAUCUCUUGGGUAGAUACCUAACAUGGCAAACACUUUGGAGAGAAUCAUUUAAUGUUGCUUAAAAGAAUAAGUGAUCAUUCAAGGUGGAGAGUAGCCUAGAACAUGACAUUUUGAGGUUUACAAAUACCAUCACCCCCAGGACCAUUCCUAUCUCCAUGAGAAACCUGUCAUGAUUUAUUCCUAACUUCAGCUUACUUCUAUCUUUACUUACUCUGAGAAAGCAAGAAUGAAACCAGACUACAGAAAUCCCAUUCCCAAGUUCAAGUACAAGACUCCAUGCAAUCUCUCCUUUUAGAGAGACAUGCCCCCACCACAACUCACCCAGACUAGGCCUCACUUGAAAACACUGGUUUUGAAGGGGCAUCCUUUAGAGGAUAGAACAUGACAAAGUGAGGAGCCCAAGGAUGUGCCAUUAAAGGUAACGAGGUUCAGAGUGAGGCAAUGGGAUUUUGCAGACGUAGGUAGAUGGCUUACCUGGUAUCUUUCAUAGGACUAGAUGCAGCCAAAGGAGAUUUAACUAGUAAGCAUCAUAUAGCCAAACACAGGGUGUAGAUGAAAUGCAGAGGGAACAGCCACUAGCAUUCUAGGAGGUCAAUGUCUAAUCUCAGCCCACUCCACACCAAAAGAAGUUCCAACUUGAGUGACCCCAUCAUCCAUUUGGCCACAGAUUCCCACCUGUGUUCUAGGUGAGACAAAGUCAAGAAGAGCAUGUGUAUACUGCAUCAGCAUCACCACUGGCCUCUGAAGCCUGCAGGAGUCCUUGAGCCUAGACCAGCAACCACAAUAGUCCAGAUGUAAGGGCGGUUGAGACAUAGCCAUAUUUAGGACUAAAAACAUACGUGUUGAUCCACUUUUUCAGGAAAACAAGGAUAACGUGAAGCAGUUACAGCUGCUGCCUCACAUGCCCAGUGAUUUGGAAGCCAGCCUUGUGUUUCCAGACAUAACAGUAAAAUUAAAUAGAAGUUCCCAUUCUAGAUGCCUCUGAAACCUGGCAUUUCUGCUUAGCCUUGUGAGUCUGGUUGCCAGCCUUCUAUUGCAGAGGGAUGUGUUUGCAUCACCACUGAUUCACUUCCUAAAAAGAGCCUCACUCUCUAGCCACCAUGAAGUCUGUUUCCUUUGUACAACCUGGAAGAGGGAAUAGCAAGGGAGACCCUGGACUUACCUAUCACUGGCUGUCAAUCCCUAAUGUUAAGCCUCACACAGGUAGGUGUGCUAGUGUUGAACCAUAGAAUGUCAUGUAGCUUGAGUUUGAAAAUAAACGCACAUUUCCAAACCUU